CGCUCCUGCUGACUUCAUUUUGUUUUAACUUUUACUCACUUCCUUCAGUUUUAAUUUGCCCCCCACGCCCGCCUCCCCCAUGGGAAUUUUGCAUUCAAAUAGGCUGAUUAAUGCGCGCGAAAGUGUGCAAUCACGCAGGGGCUUUCCCCCUCAUACCUAAUCCAUAUAACAGAUAAUUUAUGCAACGCUCACCUAAACAUACUGCUAUGUCACGAUCUUAAAAUGUUUUAUGGAAGUGUCCUAUGCGGUUGCCUCCUCCAAUCAGCCCGUUCUGUACACACCCCCUGCGGGGAUUGUGUUUCUUUCGUUUUCAUUUCCCGGAAGAAUCUAAUCUGAAAAUAGUAGAGUUUUAUCUCUUCGAAAAUGUAUUUAUUAAUCCGUUUAUAAUGGAGUUUUGGCAGUUUUGACCCGAAGUUAUUUUCAUUUACCGGACGAGUUGUAUGUUUGUGAACAGCGAAAUCAUUCUGUUGUUCCGCUCAGUCGAAUAGAUCAAGGGCACUUCCAUGGAGAACAUUUCCCCGUCAUAUUUGGUCAAGCAAGAAAACAGAGCAAACAAUCCUUCAUCCAUAAUGCACAGUCAAGUCCACAUGCCUCUCAGUUUGCAUCACUCCCCCUCUAACCAGCUUCACAUGGUCAGUCCACCCACUCAGGAAGACCUGUGGCAUCUACCUGGACGGCUGCGAAUAAAUCCAUCUCUGUGGGAUAAGGAAGAUGUUGCCCACUGGCUCCACUGGGCUCAGAGGGAGUACUCACUUCGCCGGCCCGAAAAGGGACGUUUCGAGAUGAAUGGUCGAGCACUGUGCCUACUCACCAAGGAAGACUUCAGACGCCGCUGUCCCAGCUCAGGUGAUGUUCUGUAUGAGAUCCUACAGUGUGUGAAACAGCAAAGGCGGACUGUUGUCUGUGAGCCCCCAAAUACAUCUUCCUCCCUGCCAACUGGGAACAUCCAGAGCCCAGUCAGCUGCCAGAUACCCCGUCAGGGUGUCCAAGAGCCUCAGCCUCCCACAGUCAGUGACAACCAAGUUUCCCUUGCUUUCACAACUGCAGUGUCGGCAGCUGUUGUAACCACAAGCCAGCCAGAGCUUGUGUCAUCUCUCAAAGAUCGUCCCAAGAUCUUGUAUACGUACCCUGCUCCACUCACACAUACCACCGCUGUCUCUGUGUUGCCACACAACCAAGUUCAGUGUCCUCCCAAAACGGAGAGCAUCAACCAGGAGCCACUCAACCUGUCCAGCCGAGAGAAGCCAAGGAGCCCUCUGCAGAAAGCCAGUGGCCGCAUCCCAGAGUGCAGACUUCUGUGGGACUACGUGUAUCAGCUGCUGUGUGACGACCGUUACCAAGAAUACAUCCGAUGGGAAGACCAGGACAGCCUGGUUUUCAGGGUUGUGGACCCCAACGGACUGGCACGUCUCUGGGGAAACCACAAGAACCGAGACAACAUGACUUAUGAGAAAAUGUCCCGUGCUUUGCGGCACUACUACAAGCUAAACAUCAUCAAAAAGGAGCGAGGACAAAAACUCCUCUUCAGGUUUCUGAAACUCCCGCAGGACAUCAAAAAACCGCUGGUGGAUUCCGCAGAGUCUCCAGAACGCACUCCACCUCAGGAUGGGGACUUUCCAGACGGCAGUCCUGCACAUGAGUUCAGUGACGGCCAUUUUGAGGUUUCUCCUGAUCGUGUUUCUCCACAGCCUCCUCCGUAGGAAAGAGCAACAUAUUAAAUGGCAAUCAGUACAAUAGAACAACAGACAUCAUUACAGAACAUUGUGGUGUAUUUAUCUUGCGUUUGAGCUUCAGAAAGUAGCAGAUGGAUAUACAGGUUUAACAAAAUGCACUAUUCAGUAUGCACUGUUAGAAAUUUUUGCGCUGUUAAGAUUGCUUUUCAUUUUACUGUGAAUCAGUGUAUGUAUGACUGUGAUCAGAACGAACACUAACGAAAAGGGACAAGGAAAACUAUGAAAGAAAUCACAUCAAUAGGCAUAUUCAAACAGUCAAUAAUCAGAAUUAAACUUUUGCUUGCUCAACAUAACUGCACUUCUUUUAGGUCUGCUGUGGCUCUUGCAGCUAAGUGGUGGAAAUGAAUUGUUCCAGUUUGUUUUGGUCACAUAAAACUGUUCCAGAUUAAAUGCCGGUUUGUACAAGUUCUGUGUUUUUUUUUUUUUUUUGGUUUUUUUUUUUGUUUUGUUUUUGUCUGUUUUUUGUUUUUUUCAAAUUCAAAGCACUCUUUAUCAACCUGAAUUCGUGGGCUUUGUUAAGUUUCAAAUUUGGUACAGUCUACAGGUCAGCUGUUAAUGUUUAUCCUGUUUUGUAAAAUAAAUAUUUUGUAUGUCA